AUGAGGCGCCGCUAUCUUGAUGCAAUGUCACUUGUACAAAAAUAUGGAAAAUCAGACAUUUUUCUUACCAUGACCUGCAAUCCGGCAUGGAAAGAAAUUCAAUGCAAUCUGAAGUAUCAUGAGAAGCCGCAGGAUAGGCCUGAUCUUUUAGCUAGACCUCAGUUUAAGCUGCUCAAUCCAGAUUCAUACGACAAGGUAGUCUGUGCUGAAUUACCUGAUCGCCUUCAUGAAGAUAGUUACCCAUAUUAUAGAAGAAGGGAUGAUGGCAAGAAGGUGAAAGUUCGCAGAUUCACCCUUGAUAAUAGGUGGGUUGUGCCUUACAACCCCUAUCUUCUUGCUUUGUUCGAUUGCCACAUGAAUGUGGAGAUUUGUUCUACCAUUAAACUGGUCAAGUACCUGUAUAAGUAUGUGUUCAAGGGACAUGAUCAAGUCUCUUUUAGGAUUAUGACGGAUGAUAGUGCUACUGAUACUGACGAGAUUAAAGAGUUCCAAAAAGGUAGAUACAUUUCACCUCCGGAAGCAUUUUGGCGCAUCUAUGAGUUCCGUUUAAAUGAGAUGACCCCAUCUGUUUAUACUCUCCAAGUUCACCUUCCAAAUCAGCAGCUUGUUUCUUUUCGAAAACUCAGAUUUGUUGCAGUUGUUAGCAAAAGUUGA